GACUACAAUAACAUCAAUGAUGUCGUUGUCAUCUUCAUUGGCACAGACGGCAUCGACAACCACAAACGCUUCAGAUGCUACAUCUGCAUCAACGACAACAACCACCCAACCACCGCCUGUAAACAAAACCCUCCCAGGUCAAGUGACCCCGUAUCACUACAACAUACAGCUGUUUAUGGACAUUUACCAAAAUGAUACAUCAUUAUUCAAAGUCGACGGCAACGUCUCCAUCUUCCUGGACGUCAAAGAACCGACAUGGAACGUAACACUUAAUGUCAAAGAGCUAACCAUUUUUAGAGAGUCUCUUUCACUAAAGCCAUUAACAGCCAAUCAGUCUGUGCCAAGAAUUGUUCAGACAAUAUGUGAUGAUGAUAAGGAGUUUUAUGUACUGCUGUUGAAUGAGGAACUGGCUGUAGGUGAGAAAUACGAGCUGUCGAUUCGUUUUGAGGACCAACUGACGUCAUCACCGUAUGGAUUAAGUUACUAUUCUUAUGAUGACCAGGCUGGACGAACACACUACCUAGCCAUAAGCCAUUUCCAGCCAUCUGGAGCACGCCAAGCUUUUCCCUGUUUCGAUGAACCUCGCUAUAAGGCCACCUUCAACAUAACGCUGGUGAGGGGAGUGGGCAACUAUACCUCAUGGUCCAACACUGACAUCAUCCGGCAGGAACCAAGGGUCGACAAGUAUGUCGCUGACGUUUACGAGAGGACACCCAACAUGUCAACCUACAUCCUCGCCUUCGCUGUCGUCAACUACGACUACAUGGAAAACGUCACGUCCACGGGGGUCAUGUAUCGCACUAUAUUUAAACCUGACACCAUUGCUGAAGUAACGAUGUCCCACGAGCAAGGAAUACGUAUCUUCGAUUGGUUUAACCAGAACCUGCACCCGCCAUAUCCACUGUCGAAACUAGAUAACAUCCUCAUCAGAGACCGCCUCGGUGCAGCCAUGGAGAACUGGGGAUUGGUCAUAUAUAAAGACAUACUGUUCAACCCCGCAGUCAACACGAUGAAGGCCAAACUGGGAAACAUGCUUCUACUUGUACAUGAAGUGUGUCACCAGUGGUUUGGAAAUUUGGUCACGCCGAAAACAUGGCGAUGGUUGUGGCUGAGCGAGGGCUUUGCAGUGUUCUUUGAGUACCACGUGAUACACAGUCUUCAUCCGUCAUGGAGACAGGAUGAAAUGUUUGUGGUAGACCAACUCCACCCUCUGUUUAUCCUCGACACAAACAAACGCUGGCCACUUGUGAAAGAUGUUCCAAGGUUCGACCACAUCCUCUACUACAAGGGAGCCUGCGUUGUGCGAAUGUUGCGGACGAUCUUCGGAGAGGAGCUGUUCCUGAGGGCAAUUAAUGCGUAUCUAGUCAAGCAUCAGUACGGAUCCGUUGAAACUUCUGACCUGUGGACAGUCUUCAACGAGGAAGCUGCAAAAGAGAACAUAACUGUAAACGUUGGAGAUUUAAUGGAACCGUGGCUACUUCAAAUGCAUUAUCCAGUUGUCAUGGUUACGGUCCUAAGGUCAGGGGCCCUUGAAGUCAGUCAGCAGCUAUUCCAAAGCAACAUGGGUGCGAACGUCAGUGACGAUGGAGCGAAAUACGGAUAUAAAUGGGAUAUUCCACUUACUUAUGCUACUGGGUCUGACACUUCGUCCUUCAGUAAAAACUACACGUAUAACGACAUAUCAUGGCUCUACAGGACACAGAACUCAACUCUGGUUGAAGACGUCAACAUCACAGACCCAUCAACGUCCGGAGACUGGGUUCUAGUUAACCUCCACCAGACCGGGUACUACAGGGUAAAUUAUGACGAGGUUAACUGGUUAGCCCUGAUCAGACAGCUGGACACCGAUCAUACAGUCAUCCCGCCAGUCAACAGAGCUCAGAUAAUCGAUGAUGCGUUGAGUCUGGCUAGGGUUGGUCUGCUAAACGAGUCCAUAGCCUUCCGAACUCUCGGCUUCCUGAGGAAUGACAGUGACUACAUCUCCUGGACUCCGGCUGUCCGGGCCUUGGACGAGAUUGAGGGGAGACUGAUGAACACUCGCUUAUAUGGGGCUUUCAAGGCUUUCGUCUUGGACCUCGUAACCAAUGCUUACAAGAUCUACGGCUUGGAGGGUGACAUCGACGACACACCUCUUGUUGUCUACCAGCGAGCCAGGAUCGCUCAUCUGGCGUGUCGCUAUGGUGUCAGGAGUUGUUUAGCAGAUGCCUCGCGCCUGUUCAACCACUGGGCCCGUGACCAGGACAAAUACAGGCCGUCCCCGGAUAUCAUGGACGUCGUCACCUGCUACGGGGUAUGGGAGGGGGGAUUAGAGGCGUGGCGGACUGUGUACGACGUGUACAGCACCACCACCGACUACCGAUAUGCUCAUCGACUGAUAAAGUCUCUAACCUGUCCCAAAGAUCCCUGGCUCAUCAGAAGGGUCCUGGACAUUUCAACUGAUUCUAAAAAGAUAAAGAAAUUCCAUCAACCAGCCGUGUUCCGCAACUUGGCCAAAUCCCGACACUCCUUGCACAUCGUAUGGAAUUUUGUCAAGGAAAACAUCAACACGCUCAGGAAGUCAAUAGCAAGAGACGUCAUAAUGAUCGCCGCCCAGACACUGACCGGAAGUACUUUCAUAUCAGAGCUGGAACUGCUGGCAAACAGUACAAGCUCUAUCAGUCCGUCGGUACUCAGGUCAGCCUUGUCUUUGUUCAACAGUAGGAAGUUGUGGAUGGAGGACCACGGCCCCAUGUUGAUGCAGUGGUUUAUAGACAUGGGGUAUGGCAAUUACAUUUUGUAGACCUUCACUGGGUAUGGUAACUAUGUAUGUAACCAUUCACGUGUAUUUGCAGUGCAUAUAUAAUGUACCCGUGAAGAUUCGGGUUAGAAGCAACCCAUGCUUGUCGUAAGGGACGAGUAUGCUAAUUUCUGUAAGUUUGUGCUAGGGGUUAGCAAAUAUACUUCUAGUAAUGCUGUUUUGGCGGAGUGUGGUAGACAUCAAUUGUAUGUAGAUUAUCAAUUAAUGUGUUAAAUAUUGGUGCAAACUUUUGAGGAUGGACAAUAGUAGGUAUCCCAGGCAGAGUUAUCUUUUAAUGAAACAACUCGAUGAAUCUGGCAAGACAACAUGGGCAAGUGGUGUAAGGCAAUUACUUUUCAGUUUCGGAUUUGGUGAUGUGUGGCUGUUUUAGGAUAUUGGUAAUGUGGAUAUGUAUUUAAUGCUAUUUAAGCAACGCAUAUGUGAAUGUAAUAUACAGGUAAUUUUUAAUAACAUAAGUACAUCUGAUAGGUUAAAAUAUUAUUUCCAGUUAAAAUCGUGUUUUGAUACAGAAUAUUAUAUCAUGAAUAUUAGAAACUGGGAGUUGAGGAGAUAUUUAUGUUUGCUCAGAUUAGACGAGUUAACUAUUCAAACAACUAUUGGUCGUAGGCAGGGUAUAGAUAAAUGUUUGUGCUUCUGUAAGAAUUGUAAUGAUAAUGUAGUUGAAGAUGUUAU